UUUUGGGUCCUUCACAGCGGUUGUUGUAGUCCUGUGCUGUCUGUCAUUCAACAGGGAAGCCGUGGUGGCAAACAAGCAGCACACCUAAAGGUUUUAAGCUAACAGUCAGCUAGCUUCGCUCUGACGUUAGCUUGCAUAGCUUCAUCUAUUUUUGCCAUCAACGGGUUCCCUGAUGACGUCUUAUUGCCAUUUAAAUGCCACUAAAAGAGAGGAAUGUAGGUGAAAGGUCGCUGCAGCAGGAGGUUGGCAGGGGUGACCCAGGAAUAUGUCAAACUGACCCACAUAAUAAUUUAUAUCAAUCCUUAGCAUUAUGGCCUCCAGGUUGCUGAAUACGAUGCGGACCGGUGCUGUCGGCCCGUCCUGGGCCGUGCGAUCUGUUGCACGCUCCCUCAGUACAACAACACAGCUCCAUGCUCCAGUUCAAACUAAAAGCAAAAAGACGCUGGCUCGACCGGGGGUGAAGAACAUCGUUCUGGUUGAAGGAGUUCGAACCCCUUUCCUCUUGUCUGGAACCGUGUAUGCAGAUUUAAUGCCCCAUGACCUGGCCAGAGCUUCUCUUCAGGGUUUGCUGAACAGGACGGGAAUACCUAAGGAUGCUGUGGAUUACCUCAUAUAUGGGACGGUGAUCCAGGAGGUUAAGACCAGCAACGUGGCCCGGGAGGCGGCGCUGGGGGCCGGCUUCUCUGACAAGAUUCCCGCUCACACCGUCACCAUGGCCUGCAUCUCCUCCAACCAGGCGAUGACCUCAGGCGUUGGACUGAUUGCAGCAGGCCAGUGUGACGCCAUCGUGGCCGGUGGCGUGGAGUUCAUGUCCGACGUUCCGAUCCGUCACAGCCGAAAGAUGAGGAAGACCAUGCUGAACCUCAACAAGGCCAAAAGCGUCGGCCAGCGCCUGGGCCUGCUGGCCAGCAUCAGGCUGGCACACCUGGCUCCAGAGCUCCCUGCUGUUGCCGAGUUCUCCACAGCGGAGACGAUGGGCCACAGCGCAGACCGUCUGGCCGCGGCGUUCGGGGUCACCAGACAGGAGCAGGAUGAAUUCGCGCUGCGGUCGCACACGCUGGCCAAGAAGGCUCAGGACCAGGGGCUGCUGGAGGACGUGAUUUCCUUUAAAGUUCCUGGUCGAGAUAUCGUCUCAAAGGACAACGGCAUCCGUCCGUCUUCCAUGGAGCAAAUGUCCAAACUAAAACCUGCCUUCAUCAAGCCGCAUGGCACGGUCACUGCUGCCAACUCGUCUUUCCUGACUGACGGCGCCUCUGCUGUUCUCAUCAUGUCUGAGGAGAAAGCUUUGUCCAUGGGGUUCAAGCCCAAAGCUUACCUCAGAGACUUCGUCUACGUGUCCCAGGACCCCAAAGAUCAGCUGCUUUUGGGGCCGACUUACGCUACACCUAAAGUCCUGGAACGGGCCGGCCUGUCGAUGUCCGACAUCGAUGUGUUUGAGUUUCACGAAGCAUUUGCUGGUCAGAUUAUGGCAAAUCUGAAGGCGAUGGAUUCUGAUUGGUUUGCUCAGACAUACAUGGGCAGGAAAGAAAAGGUUGGGUCUCCACCAUUGGAUAAGUUUAACCUGUGGGGCGGCUCUCUGUCUCUGGGUCACCCAUUCGGUGCCACAGGCUGCAGGCUGGUGACCACCGUGGCUCAUCGGCUGAAGAAGGAGGGCGGGCAGUACGGCAUGGUGGCCGCCUGCGCUGCAGGAGGACAGGGUCACGCCAUGGUGAUUGAGGCCUAUCCCCAGUAGCCCAUAAUCCUUAAUUAGAUCUUAAUACUCAUCAUGUCUGCUGCCAACACACUUGCUAACUAACAUAUGAUCAGCUGAGUGAACGUCCAAGCACCACUUUGCCUUGAUCGGACAGGUUGAAUAAGCGAUGCGAAUGUGUUUGAAGGCUCGUUUGUAAAUUAAUUUACAUUUAAAUUAAAGCAGAAUGCUGAUGAGGAAUGUUUGCUCUGUUUCCUGGUGUCUUCUCAGCAUUUUCUCUGGGUUUAAUGUAACAUAGCAAAGUUUAACCCGGCUCAGAGGAAGUAAGGUGAUCCUAAUGUUUAUAUAUGCUGUACUAUUUUUUUCAUACAAACUGUUGGAAUUAAAUGGUGUGAUGAAACUUGAA